UCGAAUUAUUGCUCGAGAAUGAGAUAACCCGAUCGACGAGGCGUAAAUAAAAAAAGUCCUUAUCGCGACGUAAUUUGAGUGGUUUUGGUUUCUUGUGGAAUAAAUUGCUGUAGUUAUUGGAAGAUAUCGCUUAGCCGAGAUGAGCUACCCGGACGAAGAGGAGCAGGUCGGAUCUUUUCCCAAGGAUUUCGGCUACGGAGACUUCGAUCACGAAUCCGAUAGUAACAGGGCCACCGAUGACAAACCACGCAUCCUGCUGAUGGGAUUGCGCCGAUCGGGGAAAAGUUCUAUCCAAAAAGUGGUCUUUCACAAGAUGUCUCCCAACGAAACCCUCUUCCUCGAAUCGACCAACAAAAUCGUGAAGGACGACAUUAACAACAAUAGCUUUGUGCAGUUUCAAAUUUGGGAUUUCCCUGGACAAAUUGAUUUCUUUGACCCUACCUUCGACUCCGACAUGAUUUUUGGUGGAUGUGGAGCUCUUGUUUUCGUUAUUGAUGCCCAGGAUGAUUACAACGAGGCACUCACGAAACUCAACCAAACCGUGACCAAGGCCUACAAAGUUAACCCACGCAUCAAGUUUGAGGUAUUCAUCCACAAAGUGGACGGGGUCAGUGACGAUUUUAAAAUGGAAUCACAGCGGGACAUCCACACGAAGGCCACCGAUGACCUUCUCGACGCUGGGCUGGAGGGAGUACAUUUAAAUUUCCACCUCACAUCAAUCUACGACCAUUCCAUUUUCGAAGCGUUUUCCAAAGUGGUGCAAAAGCUUAUCCCGCAACUGGCUGCGCUGGAGAAUUUGUUGAAUCUAUUCAUCCAUAAUUCCGGAAUUGAAAAGGCGUUCCUGUUCGAUGUUGUAUCCAAAAUUUACAUUGCAACCGAUGCCACACCAGUGGACAUGCAGAGCUAUGAACUGUGCUGCGAUAUGAUCGACGUGGUCAUCGAUUUGUCCUGUAUUUACGGCUCUCGCGACAAUCCCGAUGUGCCUGCAUUCGAUAAUCAGAGUUCGAGCAUAAUAAAAAUGAACAAUAGUACAGUACUUUACCUUAGGGAAGUGAAUAAAUUUCUCGCUCUCGUGUGCAUCAUUCGCGAGGAAAGUUUCGCUAGACAGGGCGUGAUCGAUUACAAUUUCCUAUGCUUCCGCGAGGCAAUAACACAGGUGUUUGAGCUACGCUUUAAACACCAAAAACUACAGGCUCUAGAACCUGAUGCCGAUAAUGUGAGCGACUACCGGGUGGAUACAGCACUUUCAUCCAUUAAUGGCAGUGUGUAGUCACCCAUCAUCUUGGCAGAUUUUGUUACAGAAGUUAUUUUUUUUUGCUAAGCACUCUUAUUUAGUUUAAACUUCAUUCUGGAACGCUUGUUCAAUUUUCUUUUCAAAAGUUGGUGCCUAUUUCUAUCCAAACAUAUACAUCCAUAUCUUUGUUUUGUUGUGAACAACACGACCUUUCUCGCAAGAAGA